AUGGCCGCCAACGACACAGUCCGGGUUCUCAUAGCUGGAGCAGGAAUCGGCGGACUCGCAACUGCGAUUUCUCUGUCGCGCGUAGCCGCAAUUCCGAAUAUUAAUAUCCAGCUCUAUGAACAGGCACCAGAGCUGCUGGAAAUCGGAGCCAGCAUUGCGCUUAGUCCCAAUGGAAUGCGCACUCUAGAGAAGCUCGGCGUGCACAAUGCACUCACCGAUGAAGUCGGCUUUAGAGGUCCAAGUGGGAUUCCUCAGAUAUAUCGACACUGGAAAACGAACCAGGUCGUCUCAGUGGAUACGCACAGAAACGUCCCUGAUCCCCGUCAUCACACUACGCGCUUCCAUCGGGGCCAUUUGCAUGCUGCCCUGCUGGAGCAUGUCCCGCGGGAGUCUAUCCACCUAGGCAAGAAGCUGGUGCGCGCGGAGGCAAGUGAACAGGGUGUAUCUCUGUAUUUCGAAGACGGGACGACUGCGCAUGGGGAUAUCCUCAUUGGAGCUGAUGGGUUGAAAUCGAAAGUCCGACAAUCAUUCAUACCGGAAUAUAAGCUCCGAUUUACAGGGAAGGUCUUUAUGAGAUCAACUUUUGAUGCGUCGUUGGUGGCUGGGAAGAUCCCUGAUUUACCGGAUGAUUCGUUGCAUUGGUGGGGACCAGAAGAUAACUUCUUUGCAUCUCGACUUGGAAAGGGCCAAUACACAACCGUAGGAGCAUACAGUGACCCCAGACCCUCAGAGGAAAUCGAUAGCAGUAUCGCCUGGGACCAGAGCGGAGACGUCAAAUUCCUACGAGAGCGAUACAAGAACUGGAAUCCCCUAAUCAAAGCCCUAACCGAAGCAACACCGUAUACAAACCUGUAUCCGAAUUUCGCCGGCGACGCAAUCCCAACAUGGGUUUUUGGAUCUAGAGUUACCUUGAUUGGAGACGCAGCGCACGCUCACGGGGGCGCGUUUGCGGCGGGUGGCUCGUUGGCUCUGGAUGAUGCGUUUGCUUUGGGCCUGGCCUUUCGACAUGUAUUUGGGUCUCGUUCUCAGAGUCCUUUGGAUAAAGGAAGUCUUGGAAGGGCUUUAGAUUUAUACGCCAAAACAAGACAACCGCAUACGGACAGGCUGUUGGGGAUUGUACAUCGUCAGUUGAAUAACAAAGUCUCUAAGCCUCUGACCGCUGAGGAGGAGAAUGAGAGGUUGAUCUCGCGACUGAGGAAUCGGACGGAUACAGAGUGGCUGUCCGAGCAUGAUGUUGAAAUUGCGUUUGGGGAUGUGGUCAAGAAGGUGGAGGCAAAGAGUAGACUCUAG